UGUGACUUUUGUUUAUGUUCAGGCCUGAUUUGGCUGAGGGAGAAGUGGACAAGAGGCUUCAAGCUAGUGUUGCCCAUGUAGGUCCGGUUGUGAUUCUGGGUACCUUCCAAAUGGAGUUAAUGAAACUUUCCAUAGCUGAACCAAGAUUAGUGCUCACAUUCUUCUGAAUGCUGGAGAAAUGGCUGCUUCCCGAGCCAAGACUCGUCACAAAAAGUUUGGAAGAGAGAAAGUGCUGAACUGUGAGGAAAAGGCAAACUCUCUUGGGGACUCAAAGGCCCCUUUGGGGAGACCAUGGGAAGAAAAGAGUAAAGGCCAGUUGAUGGGCAAAGAGACAUUGCCUGAACAAGAGGGAACUCUUGACCAGGACACUUUAAAAAGCCGGAGCCUGGUGAGGCCRAAGGGAGGCCAAGAAAGAGGCCACAAGAAGUUUCUGCGGGACGAGAGAGCCUCCAAGAGCAGUGAUCAAAGAGAAUCUGGUUUUAGGAGAAAACGUGGAGAGCAAUUAGGGUACAAAGUGAAGAAAAGAGGAAAGGCCUCCAGACGACGGGAUCUGACAUCAGGACAAGAAAGCGACAGCAGUGCUGGAAAGGAGGGAAGGGCCACUGUAGAGAGCAAGGAAGAGAAUUUUAAAAGGAAACAUGGGAGGCAUCCUGUGGGUGAAGAAGUCCCCGAGUCAGCRUCUGUAAAGUCCUUGUCCAUGCAAAGUGUGGAAGGCCCUUUCCAGACACGUGCCUUGCCCCAGGAGGCACGUGAGGCCAGGCCUGGGGAAAGACGUGGCAGAAACAGUGGCUCCAAGGAAGCUUCUGCACGGAAGUCAAGGCCUCGGUUCCAAGGUAGUGCAGCCCUAAGCAAAGGUGAGAGACGUGGAGGAAAGGGAAGUGGAGAACAUACCAGGAUUCAUGCCACUGAAAGGGCAGGAGACAAGAUCUUGGAAAGUGCAGAAGAAAAGAUCCUGGAAACUUCAUCUGAGUCCAGCCAUGAAGCCCAUUGGACCAAUAAAAGCAGUGAAAGAAAGACUGGAACUGACAGCACUGGAAGCAGUGAAGAGGAGAGAAGAUCUUUGGAGGAAGAUGGCCACCAUGAGAAAGAAGCCAUGCUAGAAGGGCUUCCUGUAGUCCAAGGAAAAGGUUGUGAGAAGCUGCUCCAUGAGAGCAGUGAAGCAGCUAGUGAAACCGAAAGGGUGCAGGUGGCCGGGGAUGGAAGGGAGGAAUGUGAGGAUGAAGGAUUGGCMGGGUUAAAGGUAGAGGAGAAACUGAAGAAGCAAGAUGACACACCAACACAAAGAAAACCUAUUCUAGCUGAGAGCGGUGAGGAAGAUGAUGAUACAGUUGUUGCAGGGUUCCAAUUCAAAAGAGCUAACAACAGAGAAAAAGACAAUAAUGAAGAAGUCAAGGAAAAUACAUUAGAGAAGGACAAUGGUCAAGACAUGUUGAAAGAUGAACAUGAUCCUUCUAACAGCAGUGGGGAGAACAGCACUGAAGUGAGCACUGACAAAAGAAAAGGAGCAAGAAGUAACCUGCUGUCUAGGGGUGUGAAAGCAAAACGCACUGACCUUACCAAAGUCCUUCAGGGAAGUGAAGAAGAGGAGAAGGUGGGUGAUGAAGGCAGCACACUGGAAGAUAGCCCUUUCCUGUGUGAGCAACAAGUGGUGUGGAAAGAGCAACCCAGGAGCUCYGAUGCUCCAGAACAAAGUAAAGUGGAGGGACACAUAUGGACAGACAGGUCCUCUUUCGGUUGUAGCAAGCAGAGGUUAGCAGUGAUGAUGGUUACAAACAAAUGCUUGUCUUCAUCCCAAGUUCUUUUCAAUAUGAAGAGCAAAACUAAAGCUGCUGAGAUGAACUCAUUAACAACAUGUAAAACAAAUUCUGUCCAGAUGGCUUUGGAAACCAACCCUCACCCAAAACGAGAAGAAAGCAUCUGUUCAAAACCUGCCAUGCUAGAAACUGUCAAUAUAUAUAAGGAGCCUGAAAUAGCUCAGAGUUUGUCACAGAAAAGAUCAAAUCUUUCAAGUAUUUCAAACUGCACCUCUGUUACAAAAAAAGCAUCUGAUAAUCAGCUUCCUUGCAAGAGGAAGAAAGUUAAAGUUGUUGGGAAGGUUAAACUGGGUUUAGGCCAGAAUCUAGAGACAGAAAAAGAGGAAGCAGAGGACAAAGUGAUUGCAGAUGCACCUUCUGAAAAAGACAAUGUGCAGGGUGGGAAAGGAUCCAAGCAUUCCCACACCCUUUCUACUUUCAAAAGAGUCACCAGCUGGCUCAGUCAAAAACCUGCCAAGAAAAGAAGCCUGAAAGCUCGGCUUAUGAGYGUGGCCCGUGCGAUUGGUGUCUCGAGAUGGCUUCUGAAGAAAUUUGGGAAAAGGAAGAAGAGCAGCAAGCCAUGUGGAUCCAGAAGGAGACUGGAAAUCAGGAUUGUAAGCUCUUCUGGKUUGGGUGGUAGGCCUGGCAAAAGCUGCCCUGGUGCAGUGGGACAGCUGGGGGUGAAGGAGCUGAUUGACCAAGAAUCUUCUUGGCCAUUAGUAGAAGGGAAAGGUGGUGCUGAGAUGACAGAGGACCUGAGACAUCUGGAUUUCCAUUCUAAAGGUUCCCCUCUUCAUGCAACCACCUCCUUCCCAUACUUCCUUAGCUUGGAUGAUGAGGAGGAAGGGAACGAUGCUGCUGAUGCCAGGUUUGCUGUAGUGUUCCCUAGAGUGCACAGCAUUGUUCAGACAGAGCCUUCCUUAUCUGGGUGCUCUGGGAGUGGUUAUUCCUUGGAGAAAGGGAGAGCUCGAUUGGGCAAAAAAUCUGUGGCACCUGUGCAACAGGAUUGCAGGUUCAAUUGUGACAUUCCCGGAUCUUUGAUGGAUAAAASCCUCCAGAGAAACAGCCAGCAAUAUUCUUGCAGUGGUGAAAUAUUUGCAUCAAUGGCAGGCAGUGCAAGAGAGGUGGAAUCCACUGCAAGGCAGUACAGAGUGAUGAGACUAAUGAGCUCCUCGCCUCGGCAGAUCAGGACUCCUGAGGGAGCUCCCACAUCCCGGUUCUUCACUGCUGGCCGAGACUUGUGGUCUCACCGCAAAGACACUAAACUCUCCCUUUCUCCAGAAGCAUCUGGAAAUUACUGCUGUGCUCUGGGCUUCCUUCCACAGCCAGAGGAGGAUUUGAAGUAUGUGACAGAUUAUUCCCGUGAAGUAGAUAUCAAAGAAAACCCCAGAGUCCUUCAGAUCGCACAGUCAAAAGCCACAUCUUGUGUUCACUGGUCUCAGCAGCAGGCUCGGGGCUAUGAUCCUGCAGCGUGGCUGACCUCUGAAUUGCUGCUCCCACGGCUCACUAUUGAGAACCUGAGCAAAUGGACCAUUUACAGAGACCCACAUUGGUCAAACAGUCAUGGGAUGAAGGACUUCAAGGAUCAGUGGGAAGCAGAAGAUAUUACUGAGGAUGUAUUGGACAUGGAUUUCGUGCGGAAACAGGUGUGCAUGAGUGAAGAGAGCAGCGUGGAAACUGAGGAAGUUGAAGAUCUAACUGGCCUGGAGGAGGUCUGUGAGCAUUCGGUUCUGCUGUGUCUGAAGAAGAGGUUCCACUGCAAUUUCAUUUAUACGUACAUUGGACCGAUACUGGUUUCUGUGAAUCCUUUUAAAGACCUCAAUAUCUUCUCUGAAGACGUGGCUAUCCAGUAUCAACAAGGGAGUCUCUCCAAAAAUUCCCCACAUGUCUUUGCUAUAGCAGAAAYGGCCUACACGUUAUCCCAGUCAUCAUCACAAGAACAAUGUGUCAUCAUCAGUGGGCACAGUGGAUCAGGUAAAACGGAGGCUGCCAAAGCAAUUGUGCUGUAUCUGGCCAUGCUGUACCAGAGAGCAGACAGCUGCAGGAWCACGCAGGUGAAGCUGCUGUGA